AUGGGUGAAGGUAAAGUUUUUGAACAACUAGCAACCCAAUCUUAUGCUUAUUUUGGUAGCACUAAAUGGCAAAUUGAAGAAGGAUUUACCGAAGAAAAAGAAGAUAAAAUAACCUUUACCAUGAAAACAUUGGGGAAAAAAGGAAUUAUUAAAGGCACCAAAGACGAAGCCCACCAAGAAAACAAAACUUUGUGGGAAAAAACCAAAGAAAAAGCAGUUAACGACUUUGUUUGUGAUAGCUGUCAAACAGGAUUUAAAUCUGCUGUUGCCUAUUCGCCUUCUCUUAAUUCAGAGCAGUUAACCGAAACUUAUUGCAUGAGUUGUGUUGAUAAAAGAACUGUUAGAAACAUUGGUCGUGAUACUGUAUUUUCUGUUAAAGCAAGAAAAGACUGA